AUGUCUCACCUCAUCGGAUACAACUUAGGCGCUCUUCAUCAAGCCAGCAGAGAACUCAACACAAAAAUCACAACCAAAUACUACCCAUCAGCAUCCAGCAUAGACAAAAACCCUAUAAUUCCCAGCCCAGGCAUCUUCGACCAACUCAAUGACUCCCAUCAAGACAACCUCCCAACUCCAGCGCAGUGCGCGGUUCAUCUGGAGCUUCUCGAGGUCUUCCAUGCGCUGCGCAUCAAGAUCCUCGAUUCAAAAGAACUCGAUGAGAUAUUCGAGCUGGGCGACGCGACGAAGACAGUUUACCGUACUAAAUACGUCGAAGGUCUGAACAAGACCGUCAACCAAGAGGUUACGCUGAGAAAUACCGUGUGGGAGCAGAAUCGCGAUAAGAAAUGGACUUUCUAUCUUGGUAAAGCUGUACCGAGGUUCUUGGUCUGGGCUGAUGAGUAUAAUACUUCCCUGGCUUCUAAACUGUCAAAAGAUGGUGUAGAUGAUGGCAGAACUGAGAUACCAUUGACUGAAACAUCAUGGUUACCGCCCGUUGAUGUCCUUAUGGUCUGGCAUGCUUUCCUGCUCAACCCAUCCGACUUUCUAGACUAUUGCAAGAAGACAUCCUGGAACUAUCUUCAAAGGGUGAUAUUCCCCUGGAAGCUCAUUCACAGGGUCAUACGGUCUCAAGGCACCAUCCGCGACGCUUGGGCAUAUGAGGCGAAAUCAUGGGAAGUCCCUAAAAGUAACUCCUCGAUAAGUGGCAAUUUGUUGAAGUCAAUUAUCGCAAAGGGCAAGGAAGAAACUCUUCGUAUCGACGAGCCCUUUAGUUCCUGGGCAGUCAAGCAGCUCGUUGAUAACGUCGAGCGCCAACGUGUCUUUGUCCAAAAAAUGAAUGCCCACCUCUGGAUCAGAAGCCCAGCGCUGCAGGGAACUCUCAAGAGAGCAGUCGAGCGAUACGACAGGUAUCUCCAGCUUUUCAGACUCUACCCAGGCAAGAUGCUCGUUCCUACACUGGACAUUGAUCUGGUCUGGCACACGAGCCAGCUCUCGCCGGCCGCCUAUAAAGCUUCAGUGGAGGCACGAUGCGGUCGCUUUAUCAACCACGAUGACAAGAUCGCAAAGCAUAAGUUGGUUGUCGGCAACGACGAAACGCAGAAUCUUUACCGGAUUCGUUUCGGGCUUGAGUAUUCGGUUUGUUUGUGCUGGGAGUGUCAGGCUGUGAUGUCUGCUGUGGAGGAUUCUGACAGGGAUGGAGAUGUUGAGGAAAUGCGGUCUGAAGGCUUUGAAGGGAACCUUGCUGAUAGGAUCCUGGAAGAUGUCAAGUAUUUCCGGUCUGUGGAAUCUGCGAGACGAAGAAAUCAUGUCAAGCUACCAGUCCGUGAAGAUUGGCCGCUAGUCAACUAG